GGGCAGAGCCAGAAGUCAGUGUCCCCUCGCCCUACACAAAUGGGAGUUUAAUUCUUUCCGUUCCACAGAGCUCGGGUCCUCAUCUGGAACCAGUUCAUCAGUGUGGUUUUGAGUCGCUGAGAAGAUGGUACGAGAACAGUACACCACGGUCACGGAGGGCACCCACAUAGAGAGACCCGAGAACCAGCACGUCUACAAGAUCGGGAUUUACGGCUGGAGGAAACGCUGCCUCUACCUAUUUGUUCUUCUGUUGCUCGCCCUCCUUGUUGUGAACCUCGCUCUCACCGUCUGGAUUCUGAAAGUGAUGUGGUUUUCUCCGAUAGGAAUGGGUUACUUGCAUGUUAAACAAGAUGGACUUCGCCUAGAAGGGGAAUCGGAGUUUUUAUUUCCACUGUAUGUCAAAGAAAUACGCUCCAGAGUGGACUCAUCUCUGCUUCUGCAGUCAACUCAGAAUGUGACAGUCAGCGCUCGCAACCCAGAAGGGGAGGUCACGGGCCGGGUGAAAGUGGGUGCACAAAUGGUAGACGUUCAGAGCCAGGGCUUUCAGAUCCUUUCUGAAGACGGCAAGCCACUGUUCACUGCCGAGGAGCAGGAUGUCAUGGUCGGCACGGGCAGACUACGGGUAACGGGGCCAGAAGGAGCUCUCUUUGAACACUCAGUGGAGACACCCCUUGUCAGAGCUGACCCGUUUGAAGACAUUUGGUUAGAAUCCCCAACACGGAGUCUAAGCAUGGAUGCCCCAAGGGGGGUUCACAUCAAAGCGCACACUGGAAAAAUGGAGGCCCUUUCUCAGAUGGACAUCAUCCUCCGGAGCAGUGACGGAGCACUGGUUCUUGAUGCUGAAACUGUGGGUUUGCCCAUGUUGAAGCAGGGGACGCCGGGUCCCUCUGGCAGCUCUAAGGAAUUUUAUGAGAUUUGUGUGUGUCCUGAUGGGAAGCUGUACCUGUCUACAGCUGGUGAGGUCACCACCUGCGAGGAACACAGCCACAUCUGUCUCUGACCGCUACCUCUUCUGCAUAAGAUAAGCCAGGCCGGCAAGCAGAGAAAAUAAAUAGGAGGAAAAAUCUGAGAAAAGACCGAUGUUGUCUUGGUGAGCUGAGCUGUGGCCUCAGCCUUCAUGUCCCCCCAGCUGGAUGGGAGCUGGAGGAAGCCCCGCUAAAGCCCUCAGAAGCAUGCAGGGGGAAUGUUACAAUGGAACUGUUGGCCUAAAUGGCCUGGUUUCAGAACGACACAGAGAAAUGUCAAGAACCUAGUCACUGGAUUUUCCUCUUUCUAGGCCCCUCCACUUCGCUCAUGUUGAACUGCUAUCUGGAAGCAAUGCAUCAUCUCUCUCCUCACACACAUUCAGCCGGCUGGUGGAUUCUAGAAUGUUCCAACCCCGCAAGCCCUUCCUUUAUAUUAAACCUCAGGUGCUCCUUUCAGCUAAGUUCAGUGUCUCAGGUUUUACCAAGAAAUCUCCAGGAGUUUGAGGUUGAUAGAUUUCAAUACAUAGUUAAGGGAAAAAACUACAAAAAAUUAGUCAUGCUUUUUUAUAUACAAACCAAUGAGCAAUAAAAACAACAUUUUUUCAGACCAGAAUUUAAAAGUGUCUUACUUUAUUUAAUGCUCAUAACUCUAAAAUGUAGAAAGUAUUAAUUAUCCUCAAAUUAUUGGUGGUAAAGGCUCAGGUCAGUCGGUCAUAAGGCACAGGGUCCCAGGUAACUACUGAGAUUAACUCAAAAUGUGACCCUAAAUUGCUAUGGCCAUUUUCACCUGGAGAACUCCGAUAUACUCACUCCACUCAAAUCACUAUGACAGCUGUAUGCAUAGAUGUAUAAUGUUAAUUGACAGAUUUAGCAGGUGCCCAAGGGCUUCUGUCUCCAAGGAUCAAAGGGAGUGGUGAACCUCUGCCUUCCAGGCCUAGUGCUGACUUCCACAAACAGGAGGCUGGGUGCAGCAGCAUGGAAGCAGUCAUGCGACUUCUACAGAGGAGGCUGGGUGCAGCGGCGUGGAAGCAGUCAGGCAGUGUGUGAAUGUAUACAGUGCCAUUGUUACAUAGGUUGAUAAUAACGAAACACAGUGCAUAUCUUGGUCUCUGUGGAGGCCCUUCACUGACAGUGAAAAUGUCUGUCAUGGGUCUUGAGAAAUGACUCAGUGGUUAAGAGCACACUUCUCUUGCAGAGAGCCAGGUUUGUUUCCCAGACCCCGAGUAAAGCAGUUCACAACUGCCUGUAACUGCAGGUUCAGGGGUACCUGACUCCUCUGGCCCCACCAGCACCUGCACUCACCUGCCCAUAUCCAACACAGAUACAUCCAAGUACAUAGAAUUUAAAAGUAUUAAGGUCUUUUUAAAGUGCCCAUCAUUUUUUGAAAAGGUGGCAGAAGUUGCUUGUUUGUUUUGCAGUUUUAGAAGAAUCUCAGUUUAAGACCGAGUGAGACUAGCUCUCCUGCAGCUUUCCGCCCACAGAUCUGUAACACUAACACAGGUCAAAUGUGCCUUUUCAUCUCAGAGCCAGGGGAAAGAAGUGAAUUUUUUAAGAUGUACUUAUGUAUAUAGCGUUCUGCCUGUAUGCAUAUCUGCAGACCAGAAAAGGGAACCAGAUCUCAUUACAG